AUGGCCAACCGAGGCUACGAUGCAGUAGUGGAUGUUGAUGCUGAGGGUGACCUUGGCCAUACGGACCUUCAAGAAGACCUUGAAUUUCAUUCCUCAAAUUUCGAUGAGACACCACGCAACGCAAAAGGCCACCCAGAUUCCUCAUCUUUCCUCGCCGGCUCAUCUUCUCGACAAGGGGGCGGGUCAGGAGGCGCAGGUUCCAAUGCGAAGAUCUGGAGUAUAGCAUAUUACAACCGAUACUUCGACGUCGACACCUCAGAGGUCUUCCGACGAUGUGUUUCGACUCUCUACCCAAGAUCCAAUUUCCUCGAUGUUCUGGAUGGGAACCCCGAUCUAUACGGACCGUUUUGGAUUGCUACAACUGUGGUAGUAAUUCUUUUCCUGACCGGUACUGUCUCUCAGUAUCUGGCGAGGAAAGGCAGUCACCAUUUCGAGUAUGAUUUCCGCCUCCUCUCCGGUGCUGCUGGACUUAUUUACGGCUACACUUUCAUAUUGCCCGUUGCUUUAUGGGGGGCUUUACGUUGGUUUGGAAGCUCUAGUGCGGAUUUGAUUGAGUGCUGGGCGCUCUACGGAUAUGCCAAUUUGAUCUGGAUUGUCGUUGCAUUAGUGAGCUGGAGUCCGCUUACUGCGCUGAAUUGGGCGCUUGUUGGAGUUGGCUUUGGCUGGACGGUGUUCUUCCUGCUGAGGAAUCUUUAUCCGGUACUAAGUGCUACGGAUAUGAAGACGAGCAAGAUAUUGCUUAUUGUGGUCAUAGUGCUUCAUGCAGCCUUGGCUAUUGCCAUUAAAGUGUUGUUUUUUGCUCACGGAAGUUAUGCGAAGAAGCAUGACGACGACCACGAUGACAAGCAUGAUAAGGGUAACAAGCAUGAUGACAAGGACAAACACUCGCGCUUUUAA